GCACCUUAAGACGGCGCUGGAGGAGUACAUGGUCCGUUUGCCCAAAGUCCACAUCCUGAGAAACAAGAAGAGGGAGGGUCUGAUCAGGACUCGGCUGCUGGGGGCCGCCGCCGCUAAGGGGGAGGUCAUCACCUUCCUGGACUCGCACUGUGAGGCCAACGUCAACUGGCUUCCUCCGCUACUCGACCGAAUCGCCCAGAACAGGAAAGCCAUUGUCUGCCCGAUGAUCGAUGUCAUCGACCACGACAACUUCGGCUAUGAGACGCAGGCGGGCGACGCCAUGCGUGGCGCCUUCGACUGGGAAAUGUACUACAAACGCAUCCCCAUCCCCCAGGAGCUGACAAAGGGCGACCCCAGCGAGCCCUUCGAGUCUCCAGUGAUGGCGGGAGGGCUGUUUGCUGUAGACAGACGCUGGUUCUGGGAGCUCGGCGGGUAUGACACAGGUCUGGAGAUCUGGGGAGGAGAACAGUAUGAGAUCUCCUUUAAGGUGUGGAUGUGUGGCGGUCGGAUGGAGGACAUCCCAUGCUCCAGGGUGGGUCACAUCUACAGGAAAUAUGUUCCUUACAAAGUGCCUGGAGGAGUCAGUCUGGCUAGGAACCUGAAGCGCGUGGCGGAGGUGUGGAUGGACGAGUACGCCGAAUACAUCUACAAGCGUCGACCCGAGUACCGCCACCUGGCUGCGGGCGACAUGACGGCGCAGAAGAAGCUGCGGAGCCAACUCAACUGCAAGAGCUUCAAGUGGUUCAUGAAUGAGGUGGCCUGGGAUCUGCCCAAACACUACCCGCCGGUGGAGCCUCCUGCCGCCGCCUGGGGAGUGGUACGAAACUUGGGCAACAGCAUGUGCAUGGAGACAAAACAUUUUGUGUCGGGAAGUCCCAUACGCCUGGAAAACUGUGCCACGGCGCGGGGUGAGGUGAGCUGGAGCAACGGACAAGUGUUCACAUUCGGAUGGCGGGAGGACAUCCGCGUGGGCGACCCCUUGCACACAAAGAAGGUUUGCUUCGACGCCGUCUCCAACAACAGCCCCGUCACGCUGUACGACUGUCACGGCAUGAAGGGCAACCAGCUGUGGCGCUACCGAAAGGACAAGAGCUUGUAUCACCCCGUUAGCAACAGCUGCAUCGACAGCAACGCCGGCGAGCGCCGCGUCUUCAUGAACACGUGCGACCCCGCCUCCGCCAGCCAGCGGUGGCUCUUCGACAAAACCAACGACGACGUGCUGGAGGGCUUCAACCGCCAGGCGGCCGCCUGAGCUGCCACCCGUCCGCCCGGGAAGUUUGACUGAUGGGGGGCUUUGGUCCCCGAAUGUGCCGACAUUCCUGCCUCCUAUUUCCAUGACUCUUAUUUGCAGCCUCUCCUCGCCCGCCGGGUUCCUGAUUUGAACACCUCCAGUUUAUCUCCAUGUCUUCCACCUCACAAAUCCUCUCUGUCUCGCCGCCUUCGACAACGCAAUCCUGCCACGGGGCUCGGGGGGGGCGGGCGGCGGCGUCUCCGGGUGGUGGUGUCGUCGCCUGUUCUUCCUGGCUGAGCCUAAGUGGUUGUGACACCUGGGUGAAGCCAGGCAGAACCGUUCGAAAAAAUCCCCGGGAGGAUUGAUACCCCCCCCAGCCUCCCACCACCCUCCUGCCUUCGCCUGCAACUUGAUAUAAUCUGCUGUCCAUCACUUUCCUCUCCUCCUGUCUGUUUUUAACUUUGGAAAAUGUACUUUUUCCAGCUGCUAUCGCCUCCUUUCUGGUCUAUUUUGCUGCUGCCCUCCUUGCUGGAUGGACGGACCAACGAACGCGGGGGGCUCGUUAUGGGCGGCGGCGUCCACGCAGCUGACAUCACUUUUAGCAUAUAGCGCCAGCAUGGGGGCCCUUACUCCAGGACUAGAGGCGGCGCCCACAAUGUUGCUCCCCCGGGGGGAGCUUGGCGUCCCGUAGCAACUUUUAUGCACUUGUGAUACACUUGAAUGAAAUCUUAGUGCCUUGUUGAAAAUGUUAGGAGUGUGUUUGUGUAUCUGUGUAUGUAUGUGUGUGUGUGUGUUGGACAAAUACCCGGAUGAUUCUAGUCAGUUGGAACUGAUUGGACCGUGACCCUGGCCAGGCACCCCAAAGGCACCGCCCACUUCCAAGACGUAAAUGAGUGAGUACAACUAUUUUAGUAGUAAACCACAACCUUUAUUUUGAAGGGAUGUCGUGUUUGAUUUAUCGCCCCCCUACUUUUUCAGUCCCAAGUAUGUUUAUCCUCCUGAGAACCAGCGUCCGCUAGAGCAGUGUUUUUCAACCUUUUCUGAGCCAAGGCACUUUUUUUUUUUUUUCAUUGAAAAGAUUCGGAGGCACACCGCCAGCAGAAGACAUAAAAAGAAAUGAAACUCAGCAGCCGAUAUUGGCAAUAAAAAGUCGUUCUCGCAAUUGUUGGAUAUAAAUUCAAACCAUAACCAACCAUGUAUCACUAUAGCUCUUGUCUCAAAGUAGGACUUAUUUCGGUUUUUUUGGUGUUUUCCUGUGUGUAGUGUUUUAGUUCUUGUCCUGCGCUCCUAUUUUGGUGGCUUUUCCUCUUUUGUUGGUAUUUUCCUGUAGCGGUUCCAUGUCUUCCUUGAGCGCUAUUCCCCGCACCUGCUUUGUUUAAGCAAUCAAGACUAUUUAAAAUGUGCGGACGCUAUCCUUCUUUGUGGGGACAUUGUUGAUUGUCAUGUCAUGUACGGAUGUACUUUGUGGACGCUGUCUGCUCCACACGCUGUAAGUCUUUGCUGUCGUCCAGCAUUCUGUUUUUGUUUACUUUGCAGCCAGUUCAGUUUUAGCCUCGUUUUGCCUAGCCUUCCCUAAGUUUCAAUGUCUUUUCUUAGCGGCACUCGCCUUUUGUUUAUUUGUGGUUUAAGCGUUACACACCUUUUUACCUGCAUGUAAAAAGGUGUGUUCCCGACAUCUACAAAGCAAUUAGCUACCUGCUGCCACCUACUGAUAUGGAAGGGUAUUACACGGUUACUUUGCCGAUCUCUAGACAGCACCGACACUCAACAACGGCACAUUUGUGGAUUAUAAUUACUGGUUUGCAAAAACUAUUUUUAACCCAAUUAGGUGAAAUUACAUAAUCUCCAACGGCACACCAGACUGUAUCUUACGGCACACUAGUGGUUGAAAAACACUGCUCUAGAGUAGACAUUUGUAACUCCGGUUUUCCCUUUUGUCAGUUGAAUUUACUCCAGUAUAGUUUAGUUUAUUUUUUUUCUUGUUCAGAGUCGUGUAUAAAGAGAGUACGGCCAACCCGGUUUCAGGCGUUCUCCUCAAUGAUUGGUCAAAAGGCACUUGCGUGACUACAGGGCGCCAUGACUGCUACUAACUUUGAGCUGAUGCUAUGUGUCAGCUGCGCUUCCUCGAUGACUUCCUCCUUGUGCUAAUACAAAUAAUAGCAGAAGAAAUAUAACAGAUGUUUUGACGAAAACAGACUAUCUUUGAAUCUGAGUCAAACUAAAACAAUGCUAUUUGGUAACAGUAGAAGAGAAAGUCAAACACAAAUACACGGAGUAGACAUUGAAAGAGUAAAAGAAAUAAUAAUAGAUGAGUAAUUUGAACUGGAAAUCUCUUUUUUUUUUUUAAAAACGUAUGGCAAGAAAUACGUCAAAAAUCCAUCCAUCCAUCCAUUUUCUAUCAUUUCAUUUCAUUUUUAUUUAUCUCCUUCAUUGAUGUGCAUCUUUGAUAGACAAUUAUACCACAAUUAUUCAGUUAUACAGUUAUCAAUGCCUGAGAAGGAGCAGGAUGAAGAAAAAUCGUAUAUUUUCCUGCCCCCUUCAACCUAAUACGUAGUCUUACUUAAUGAUUUAUAAACCAACAAUUACAUCCAAAUAUAACAAAAACAAACAAAAAAAAACACACAAAAAAUACACAAGUGCAAAACCUCAUGAAGUACAAACCGAACAAAAAAAACAAAAGAAGUAAUAUACACAUCACGGGAUGAUACAAAACCAGGCAAAAAAUAAGUAAAAUAAUAAAUAUAAAGCAAAAUGUAAACACUUAUGGCUGCUCAUAUGAUUUUAUUGUUCUGUCUUUAUAUAUUUUUUUCAAUUGGAAUACAUUUGUACAAUCUUUUAUCUCAUUGUAAAGAGAAUUCCAUAGUUUAACCCCCACCACAUUUGUUUUAAAGUUGUCCUUGAAUACUGAUGUUCGCUUGUCUAAAUAAAGCAAAAUAUGUUCUGGACCAAAAAUCCCUCCAUAUUCUCUACUGCUCACCAGUGUUACCAUAUCUGAGUUAUUGUGCAGAAAUAUGGGUAAAUAAGUACAAAAGUACACCUAUUCACUUAAAAAGUUAAAUUUAAAGUACCAAUGAUUGUCACGCACACACUAGGUGUGGUGAAAUUAACCUCUGCAUUUGACCCGUCCCCUUGUUCCACCCCCUGGGAGGUGAGGGGAGCAGUGAGCAGCAGCGGGUAGCCGUGCCCGGGAAUCAUUUUGGCAUGUUACAAAAAAGAAAGAUCAGUUAUAACAAUACAUAACGAGUGACACAUACAGUGAUUACAAAAUACACCACAGUUGACAUACUUCACGCAAACGUCACAAUUUUCCUGGGAAUGUUAGUCCAAAGCUAAUGAAGAUUUUGGCAAAAUGAGGGUAAUAUUUUUGUUGCGUGUGAGAGUGCACAAAACACUGCAAGAGUGUAACAGCAGAGUGCUUGGCAUCAAAUACGGCCACAAAAUUAUACAUUCACCAGGUAAAAGCAUGUUUUAUUGUACGUUUAUAAGCUGGAGUAUGUUUAGAAGUAUAUUUAGAUGUAAUAUUUUGUUUUACUUUGUCAAAAUGACAGCAGUUGAAUGCAUUCGGGCACAGCCGCCCACGUCCUUGGUAGCAAACAUGGCGCCUAUUGUGUAGUUGGCCAUACUCUCUUUAUACACGACUCUGCCUUUGUUGGGGCGCCCAAAAAUAUCUUUCUCUGCUGUGGUCCGUAUCGGUCGCAUCGGUACUCAGUUGUAAUACACUUUUCCACCACUGGUGGCAGUAAUGACAAUAUCAAAUAAACAGAAAAAGUCUGGCGCUAAAGUCAUAGAGAAGUUUCUUAAGCGCAAAAAUUAUGACUAAAGUGGUGAAGCUGUCUUUUCAUUUGCACUUUAAAUUUAUUGACAGUCAUUAAUAAUUUGGUUUAUGUAUUUUAGCACAACAUAAUUGUAUAUGAAAGACUUAUGUCUCUUCUUAUGCGGCAUAUUUGAUUAGUACUUAUUGUUCUAAUGAGCCUGACCUAAGCCGAAGGUUUAUGUGUUAAUAAAUAAAUAAUAAUCUUUGUGAUUAAACUGUAAGUAGGUUAGAUAUAAUUAUUGAAUACGAUUGCAAUCAAGAGUAAGAUUACUAAUUCAGUGUUUAUAUUUGAGUGGGCCCCAGGCCCCUCUGUAGUAGAAACGUUGGGCCCUGAGGUCAACAAGGUUAAGAACCCCUGUUUUAGGCUGCAGGUGACAGUUGAAACAUGUCAAGGUAAAAAAGAAAAAAACUCCAUGUAUGAAAAAGAAAAGUUCACUGCAGAAGGUUCCAGUUCUCAGGAGGAUAUAAUCAAGGGGACUUCUUUAUUGGUAUUAUGCUGUCUUCUUAUUUUAGUCUUGUGGUUCUUCUCGUGAUCCUUAAAUGUGACAUUUUAGUGUUUGUUUCUUUUUCAUAUCUUCAUAUGCACUUUUGGGUGCGUGUAAUCCCAUACAUCGUGUAAUCUUCGGUGGAAACUCCAAAAAUGUGUUUUAUUUUGUCCAAUUAGCCGAAACAUCUUCAACUGGUGCUAAUUCUAGAGAGGGUUAAAUGAACAUGUUCAGGCUGCCUGGAACAUGAAAAUCUUCUAAAGUACAAUCAAAGUUUUUUUUAUUGUGCCCCUGGUUUUUGUUUGAAAAAAAAAAAAGAU